AUGCUGACUCCUCUCAAACAGCCGAUUGUGUUUGAACUUGAAGGCUUCUAUAUACCACCAGGGUUUGGCCCUUUGCUGUUCUUCCUGGCUCUGUUAACCUAUCUCGUGGUGCUUUUGGGGAAUGGUGUGGUGGUGUUUGUUAUAGUUAACAAUAAGAACCUGCACAGACCCAUGUUUGUAAUGGUGUGCCACCUGCUAGUCUGUGAUCUUUUGGGGGCCACAACAGUGCUACCUCGCAUCAUGAUGCACUUUUUGACCGGGCAGAAGAAGAUUGCAUACAUUUCGGCUAUCACCCAGGCCUUCUUCAUGCACACUUAUGGAGUUGCGGUACAAACUAUUCUGGCUGCGAUGGCCUACGACAGGUACAUAGCAGUGUGUGAACCUCUCAGGUAUUACGCCAUCAUGACCUCAGCUCGGCUGCACUCCUGCUGCGCCCUUGCCUGGUUCCUUGCUGUGGUGCUCAUUGCUGUGCUCUUUGGCUUCCACAUGAAUGUCCCGUUGUGUGGUCGAAUCAUCCAGCAUGUUUACUGCAGCAACCGGGGUAUCCUAGGCCUGGCCUGCAUUCCCACCCCUACCAGUGACAUCUAUGCUUCACUGACCAUAAUUGUAAGUUAUAGGUUCCCUUUACUCUCCCAAAACAUAAAGAAGUUCUUAAGCAUUCUAUUCAUCAUUGUCCCACCAGCCAUCAACCCCAUUAUUUAUGGACUGGUCAGUAAAGACUUGCGCAUGAGCAUCAUUAGACUCGUAACCAUACAAGCAAGUCACAGAAGUCGAUGA